GCGAGCUAGCGCGAGGCCGAGCGCGGAAUGGCUUUUAUAGAGGAGCGCUCGCGAGCUUCGUGACUCCAUGUGGAGAAACGCUGCAGGAACCGAAUAUAAACAUAAAGGCUGAAUUCAUUACCCCUGUGGCCCAGAAUGGCAAAAGGCAACACGAAGAAGCCCAAGGGCAAGAUGUCUGCCUAUGCCUACUUUGUGCAGACAUGUCGGGAGGAGCACAAAAAGAAGAACCCAGAUAUUCCCAUGAACUUUUCAGAGUUUUCUAAGAAAUGCUCUGGCAGGUGGAAGAUAAUGUCAGGAAAGGAGAAAGCCAAGUUUGAAGAUAUGGCAAAGCAGGACAAGGCUCGGUAUGAUGAGGAGAUGUUGUCAUACUCUGACAAGAAAGGAAAGAAAAGCAAGAAGGACCCAAAUGCCCCUAAAAGGCCACCUUCUGGGUUCUUCCUAUUCUGCUCUGAACAUCGACCCAAGAUCAAGGCCCAAAAUCCCAGUUUGGGCAUUGGUGAAAUAGCAAGGAAGCUGGGUGAGAUGUGGAACAAUUUGACAGAUGCUAAUAAGCAGCCCUACCUGGUCAAGGCUAACAAGCUGAAGGACAAGUAUUUAAAGGACAUGGCAGACUACAAGGAUAAAGAUGGGAUGGGAGCAGCAGAGCCCUCCAAACCUGUGACAAAGAAGUUGCGUGAGGAGGAUGACGAUGAUGAUGACGACGAUGAUGAUGACGAUGAUGAGGAGGAAGAUGAAGAUGAGGAUGAUUAACUUUCAUUUGCACAUUUCUUUCCAGAUCACUAGCUGUGAGGUUACAUUAAUGCAGGGGUUGCAAUUGUAACUACUCUACUCUAUACUGCUCAUUUGGACUGCAAGUUUUCCUUCAUUCUGUUGUGCUGAACCUGGAAAUUUUAUUUUCUUAGCCACUGAAUACUGUUAGUAACUUAUCAUAACCUGUCUUCCUCAUCCACUUAAUUUUUUUUGCUGUCAGUAUAAUGGAUUGCAUAGAGGCAAUAGCUUUGCAUUUAUAAUUUUAAAUUCAAAGGUGUUUUAUGACUAAGGCUUUCAUUUUGUUCAGUUUAAUGUUGCACAGAUUGGGCUAUAUGCCUUAGUGUGUAAAAGUAUUGUGGCAGUGUGACCUGGCUUAACUCAGGGAUCCUGCUGGUAAAGAAGGUAGUUAAGCAAGAAGUUCUUGUCAGACCACUGCUCUUGUAUGUAGCACACUGUGAUGCACUACAGUUUAAUAUUCCUGAUGGUUAUUUGGAUUUUUUUUUUUUUUUUUAAGUUUAGAUCUUAGGAAAUGAAGCCAUUGAUGGACUUUAUUUGCACAACAAAUGAAUUUUUUUUUUUUUCCUUUACAUUUUAAGUUCUGCAGUGUUGAAAUAAUUCCCUUUAUCACAUGUCUUUGUAGCUAUAACUUAUAUUCUUGCUAGUUGCAUCUGGUCAAAAUGACUAAAUAUAUGGCUACAUUGAGCCUUAAGUUUAAAAUGACUGCGCAAUGAAGGACUGUGGUGAGGAGUCCUGCCCCCCCAUCAUGUUUGUUGCUGAGGGUACUGUGAAAUGGCUUUGCUCUUCCAGAGGUUGACUUUGUCCAAAAAAAAAAAAAAAAAAAAAAAUUGGCUGCACAUCAUUCAUUGGUAUGGAAACUCAUUAACAAUUCACUAAACUGCCUACCAGUUUCAGUGACUGCAUGGAAUUUUUACUUUUGUCUUUUUCUCUUCUCUUCUCUUCCCCCCCCCCCCCUCCAUUUCAGUUUGUUAAACUUGGACUGCCCUCAAUCACUUCUCUCAAUACACAAAUUUCCUGUCAGUCUGCAAAAGUUUUACUGCCUGUACAGGAUGUGGUUUGAAUUUCAAAGUAAUCCUGAUUACAUGAAUAAACUCUUGUUCCACAACUUCAUGCUGAA